AUGGGUUGGCGAGCCAUGGAUCUAGGACAACUACCUCCAUGGGCAACGUCUUUUAACACGGGUAUUAGAAUUAGCAUCAAAGCUUCAGACUCAGUCGCAGACAUGCGUUUGCCCCCCACCUCUUCUGAAGCCACGGAACUUCUCAUCGAACUAUGUCGGCUAUUCAAUCUUGGUGCCGACCCAACAGGAGACUCCAGCCUCCAACCGAUGCCUCUCCACAAGGCGUCGUUCAUGGCCGCACUUGUGCUCCCUUUCUAUACCUUUAUGAGGCUCCAGCCCCGGCUCCCUCGCCCACAUCUCACUGGGCCACAGAAGAAUGGCACUUUCAGCAGUUGUUAUGAACAGAGCAUUCGAGGGUACCUCAGUGAUAUGCGAUAUUUCAUGGCCCUCAGCACCUAUCCACCUUCGAUUGGAACCAUUAUAUGGAGUAUCCUGUGGCAACCGGAUGUUGAUUGCAAUCUGGUUGGCCCGUGGCUCGCAGCCGUCUUGGACACGCUCGAGCCAGCAAUUAGCCAGGAACAACUUGAGGUUAUAGCAAAGGUCUUUAUUUCCCGCCGACCUCGAGUUGCCAUUUGGUGGGUGGCUCUCUUCCUGCUGGGCGACCCUACUCUCCUUGGGUGGAUUCUACGAUAUACAGUGAAAAUGGAAGAGAAGUACGGAUCCGGAUCACUAUCGCCACCAGAUCCGAUGGUGUCUGCUUGGACCGGUUCCAAGCAGUCAUUCUUGGAUCUUGAGAAGGAUUCUCUCUAUACAGAACCAUCCGAUCCAGUGUCUAGGGCCGACUUACUUCGGUGCCGCUACGAUCUUAAACUUCAGGAUUGGGCGAGCGUAAAUGUAGCAUGGCGACCCUUUGGAUAUACACAGAAGGGGCGGGUGGAACUCGAACUUUGGCCGCAACUCGAAACCGAGUAUACUCGCAAGUACCACUCGUUCACCUGGUACAUUAGGAAGAAGCCCAUCUCCGACAAAGGCUUUCGAACACGUACGGGGCGAACGGUGGGCAACAUGCCAGACGACUUAGAGAUGCGUACCUCGGCCGAACAUGUGGAGAGAGAUGACCAAGCCAUUAAUGUCCGGCCGUCGAAAAAGAUUACCCUCAGGAUGAUGUCGUUUCUGGUAGAAGACGCCGCAGGUGGUCGUAACUGGGCGAAUGCUGAUAUGCCGGGAAAGCUUGAGCAACACCGCUGGCUGCGCGAUUGGGAAGGCCUCUGCAGCAGGGAUGUGGAAAUCGUGGAACCCGACGAGAAACCGGCCAAACCUCCAUCAUGGUUCCUUGAGGAAUGGAUCGAGGGUAAACACGAGUGA